AUGAGCAGAGUUUUACCAGGUUGGAAUUUUGACACUAAUUAUUCGGAUGAGGCGGUUAAUGGGAGGAUUGUUAUAGCUUGGAAUCCUGCUCUAUCGCUUGUCGUCUACUCUAAAUCAGAUCAGUUAGUUUUGUGUGGUGUGAUGAAUCUUGCCACGGGUCAGGCUUUUACUAUCGGGUUUGUUUAUGCUCGUAAUACAGAGGAGGAGCGUCGCCCCCUUUGGAACUCUAUUGUGCAGCUGUCGGCUUUGCCUCUUCUCUCUUGCUCUCCCUGGGCGUUAAUGGGCGAUUUUAACCAGGUGUUAUCUUUGGAUGAGAGGUAUUCCUUGUUCCCUUAUUUAGUCUCUCAUCAGGGUCUGGACGACCUUCAGGAGUGUCUUUCAUCGAGUCGGCUCUUUGAUAUUGCUAGCCGUGGCUGUCUUUUUACUUGGACGAAUCUUCAGCCAACCAAUCACAUCACUAGGAAGCUGGAUCGUGUAUUGGGUAAUGAGGCUUGGCUGGACAGUUAUCCCCAAUCUUCUGCUGUCUUCGAUGCUCCUGGACCAUCGGAUCAGUCCCCUUGCUUGGUUAAUCUUUCAUCUCAGAUUGUCUGGCGGAAAACACCUUUCAGAUUUUUUACCUUUCUUACCACACAUCCUGAGUUCAAAUCGCUUCUUGAGGAGGCUUGGUGUGGUUCUUCGUACUCUGGUUCUCCCUUGGUGGUCUUGUAUAGGAAGCUGCGAGAUGCUAAGCAAUGCUGUCAGGAUUUGAACAGACUUCAUUUCAGUAACAUUCAACAGCGGGUUAAGGAGGCUUUUGCUAGACUGGAAAGUGUUCAAUUUCGUGUGUUGAAUGAUCCUUCCCCGGAAGCUUUUGAGGAUGAAACUGUUGCUCGUAACUCUUGGAACUUCUGGGCAGCUGCUGAGGAGUCUUUCUUUAGGCAGAAAUCUUGCAUCCAUUGGCUGGAUGAAGGCGAUCGCAAUACAAGAUUCUUCCACAAAUCUGUUAAGGCCAACCUUCAAUGGAAUACCAUUCAUCAUCUUCGGGUUGGUAACAAUACAAGAAUUACGGAGGUCUCGCAAAUGAAAGCUCUUGUUGAGGAGUAUUAUUUUAGUCUUCUGGGUUGUUCUAACCAGACUAUCCGUCCGUAUUCCGUCAAUCAUAUCAAGAGUAUCCAUCCGUUUAGGUGUUCUACGGGAUUGGCUACUUCUCUUAUUACUGUUCCUUUGGCUGAGGGUAUUAAGGCAGCGGUUUUCUCUCUUCCAAAGAAUAAAGCCCCGGGCCCGGAUGGCUUCACGGCUGAGUUCUUUACCUCCUCUUGGGACAUUGUGGGUGAUGAUUUGGUGUGA